GAUCUGAUUGGUCAGAAAUCGGACCGACGGCUGCCUAUGAUCUCCGCCGCGGAGCUAGCGGCGUUAGCCCGCCGUUAGCACAAGUUACCAUGGUGAUUAACUCCGGUCGGAAGAGAACCAGGACUCGACGGACAGAAAGAACCAGAAGUCCGAGCCCAGAGUCAACUGUGAACCGUGCGUCGUAGCACAGGCCCCCGGUAAUCACACGAUCUGUCUCAACAGUUGGUUUCCGAUGGCGCGGCCCGACCCAGAGGAGGACACCAGCCGCCUGCUGAGGGACCAGCAGUACGACGAGAGCCUGGAAGUGAACGACUCCGAGGAGGUAGCCAGCGUCUACCGGCCGAGUCCCCGCAGCCCACGCCAGGUAACGUCUGGCGGGCGCUGCCAGACCCCAAACUCUGCGUCUGUACUGAAUUUACAGUCCCGGAGGAGCCGGGGGGGGCGUGGCCUGAUGUCGGCCAACAGCAGCAGUGAUGAGUUUGACGAGGACCACAAGCCUUCAAGGGCCAGAGAGCCAAUCGGCGGACAGCCUGGGGCCAGUCCGAAUGAGGACGAGGAGGAGGAGGAAGAGGAGGAGGAGGAUGAUGACGAGGAGUCUGACUCCGACGAUACAGAUGACGAGGAUGAGCCUGAGCAGACUCCGGAGGGGGCGUAUGACCCGGCCGACUACGCCAACCUGCCAGUCAGCACCGAGGUCAAAGAGCUGUUCCAGUACAUCACACGUUACACCCCUCAGUCCGUGGAGCUGGAUCACAGUCUGAAGCCAUUCAUCCCAGACUUCAUCCCAGCGGUCGGAGACAUCGACGCCUUUCUCAAGGUGCCCAGACCGGACGGUAAAGCAGACGGUCUGGGUCUGGUGGUUCUGGACGAGCCCAGCGUGAAACAGUCAGAUCCCACGGUCAUGUCGCUGUGGCUGUCGGAGGAUAGCAAACAACAUGGAGCCACAGAGCUGAAGAAGGUGACGAGUGUGGCGAGGCCGGAGUCGAACCCCCGGGCGGUGGACAGCUGGGUGGAGAGCAUCGGCGCCCUGCAUCGCUCCAAACCGCCGGCAAGCGUCCAGUACGGCCACGCGAUGCCCGACAUCGACAGCCUGAUGCAGGAGUGGCCGUCGGAGCUGGAGGAGCUGCUGGGCCGCGUGCAGCUGCCACCCGCCCGCCUCUGCGGCGGCCUGGCGCAGUACGUGGAUGUGGUGUGCGGCAUGCUCGACGUCCCUGUCCACGGCAGCCGGGUCCAGUCGCUGCACCUGCUGUUCAGCCUCUACCUGGAGUUCAGGGACUCCCAGCACUUCACUCGCAGGACGCACUCCUGACGUGGCAGGUAACCACGACGAUGGCCUUCGCGAACUCUGACCCGAUGACGCAGACCGGCCUUGACCCCAUGGCGACUUGCUCCUGUUUUUACCCUGUGAAAUAAAGUUCAACGUGUUACUGAAA